AUGAGAAAUGCGGGCUCGUGGAAGAUACAACUCCUUGUUCGAUCGGGUGAAGGGAAAAACGCAAUUAUUUGGAAUGUCAUAAUCUCAGGCUUUGCCAAAAAUGGUCGUGUUGAGGAUGCCAUGGAGCUAUUUGUCGAAUUGAUAUCGGGAAACAUAUGGCCAGAUAGAGGAACCAUACAGUCUUGUGGCCCGAAUAGGCUCAGCCUCCAGUUUGCCGAGAUUGAAGGCACUCACGAUGACACUCAAGCAUGUCUACUCGACCUGAAAACUUGUUGUCUUAUACUCGUCCAAUGUUACGUAAUACCCUUUAAAUGA